GGUAUUCGCGGUCACGUGACCAAAAUAUACACGUUGACUGAUUUGACAGGUUGGCCGGUUUCUCUAAUUUCAAACCAAAAACAUGAAAGCGUUAUUAUUGGGACUCUUUGUAAUAUUUUGUAUAUUUUUCUACCAUGUUGACGGCCAGGCACGUAAGCAGGGUCUCUCCCUGGCUGAAAGGGUCCAACAACUGACUGAAAUGUCCAAUAAAAAGGCCGUUUUAAGGUUAAAUGGCAACAAAUUUAGGGACUACGUGAAAGCAGCCCCUCGUAGCUACUCGGUGAUUGUGAUGUUCACUGCCAUGGCGCCCCAAAGACAAUGCAUGGUGUGUCGACAUGCCAGUGACGAGUUCACAAUUGUUGCAAAUUCGUUUAGAUAUUCGCAGGGUUAUUCAAAUAAACUGUUCUUUGCAGUCGUUGACUUUGAUGAAGGGUCGGAUGUGUUCCAAAUGCUACGUCUCAAUACCGCCCCCGUUUUUAUGCAUUUUCCGCCGAAGGGCAAGCCUAAGAGUGCCGAUACAAUGGAUAUUUCCAGGAUUGGGUUUUCAGCAGAGGCUAUUGCAAAAUGGAUUGCUGAGAGAACAGACAUACAAAUUCGUGUGUUCCGUCCACCAAAUUACUCGGGAACUCUUGCCUUGAUUGUCUUAUUUGCCCUCGUAGCAGGAUUUUUAUAUUUACGGCGCAACAAUUUAGAUUUCUUGUACAAUAAAACAAUGUGGGGGAUGGGUUCUUUAUUCUUCUGUUUUGCCAUGGUGUCUGGACAAAUGUGGAAUCAUAUCAGAGGGCCCCCUUUUGUACAUAAAGGACAAAAUGGACAAAUUAUGUACGUUCAUGGGUCGUCGCAAGGACAAUUUGUUGUAGAGACUUACAUCGUGAUGGUGUUGAACGCGGCUGUUGUUUUGGGUAUGAUUCUACUUACAGAAGCUGCAAGAGGUAAAGGAGAUCCCAAAAAGAGGAAAAUAUUGGCAGUUGUGGGUCUAGUUUUGGUAUCUGUGUUUUUCUCACUCCUGCUGAGUAUCUUUAGGACCAAAACUCAGGGAUAUCCUUAUAGUUUCUUAUUUAAAUAAAUUUAUAUUUGUACUGUAACAUACUGUACAUUGUGCAAUUAAGAGAAAGAAAUGUUAUGUAUAAUUUGUAAUAUGGAUGGGAACCAAGAAGUUACAAACUUCUUUAUGUGUGUCAUUUUGUGAUUUUGCAAUAAAAAAUACCGUUCAUA